CGGCGGGCCUCGGCCCUCGCUCGCGGGAAUAGCGCUCAGAGCCAGGUGCCUCGCAGCCCGCGAAGCUGCCCCCGACCCCAGUGGAUCGGAACCGCGGGGCGGGGGAAGGGGCGGCAGUUCUGCACGCCCCGACCCUCGGGCAGGCCCGCCCGCCCCGGCCCGCAGCCGCCCUGCCCGGGACGUGCAGCCGGGAGCGGCGCGCGGAGCCCGCGACAGUGGCCUCUCUUUCUGCUUUCAGAGAUGUCCUUCCCGGGCCGGAGUCGGGGUCCAGUUGAGUGCAAGUCCUUGCCGGUUCACGGGUGAGCCCAGGAGUCUGGGCUGACAGCAUCAGCCUCCAGCCCUGGAGCCCAGGUGCAGGAUGAGCACGUGCUGCUGGUGCACCCCGGGCGGCACCUCCACCGUCGACUUCCUGAAGCGCUAUGCGGCGCAGCCGGCCCAGUGCAGCGAGUUCCAGACAGCCAACGAGGACCUCUGCUACUGCCUGGAGUGCGUGGUGGAGUACCACAAGGCGCGGGACGAGCUGCCGCUCUUCCACGAGGUUUUAUGGGAAUUAGAAAUUGUACGGCUCACAAACCAUUUUGAGAAAUCCAUGAGUGCGGAAAUUGAUGAUGACGACGAGCUGUACAUCGUGGACAUGAACGGAGAGGCGCAGCUGUUUGACUUCGCCGGCCAGGACUUCGAGAACAAGCUCCGCGUGCCGCUUCUGGAGAUCCUAAAGUUCCCGUAUCUGCUCUUACACGAGCGUGUCAAUGAGCUGUGUGUGGAGGCGCUGUGCCGCAUGGAGCAGGCAAACUGCUCCUUCCAGGUGUUCGAGAAGCACCCCGGCAUCUACUUGUUCCUGGUUCACCCCAACGAGAUGGUCAGGCGUUGGGCCAUCCUGACUGCCAAGAGCUUGGGGAAAGUGGACAGAGAUGAUUAUUACGACUUGCAGGAGGUUCUGACGUGCCUGUUUAAAGUGAUUGAACUGGGGCUGCUGGAGAGCCCAGACAUUUACACCUCCUCUGUCCUCGAGAAGGGCAAACUGAUCCUCCUGCCCGCGCACAUGUAUGACGUCACGAAUUACAAGAACUAUUGGCUAGGGAUCUGCAUGCUGCUGACCAUCCUGGAGGAGCAGGCCAUGGACUCGCUGCUGCUCGGCUCCGACAAGCAGAACGACUUCAUGCAGUCCAUCCUGCACACCAUGGAGAGGCCCGCCGAGGAUGACAGCAUGGACCCUUUCUGGCCAGCCUUACAUUGUUUCAUGGUGAUCUUGGACCGCCUGGGGUCAAAGGUCUGGGGCCAGCUCAUCGAUCCGAUCGAGGCGUUUCAAACCAUCAUUAACAACGUGAGCUACAACAGAGAGAUCCAGACCAUUCGGAAGAGCUCUGUGAGGCCCAAGUUCGAGCCGGAGCCGUACAUGGCUGACAUGGUGACUUGUAGCCAGAUCGUGUACAACUUCAACCCUGAGAAGACCAAGAAGGACCCAGGCUGGCGCUCGGCCAUCUGCCCGGAUUACUGCCCCAACAUGUACGAGGAGAUGGAGACGCUGGCCAGCGUGCUGCAGUCGGACAUCGGGCAGGACAUGCGCGUGCACAACAGCACCUUCCUGUGGUUCAUCCCCUUCGUCCAGUCGCUCAUGGACCUCAAGGACCUGGGCGUGGCCUACAUCCUGGAGGUCAUCCACCACCUGCACUCGGAGGUCAGGGACGUCCUCAACCAGGCCAACGCCAUGUGUGACAAGGUCACCGAGUUCUUCCUGCUCAUCCUGGUGUCGGUGGUGGAGCUGCACAGGAACAAGAGGUGCCUGCACCUGCUGUGGGUGAGCUCGCAGCAGUGGGUCGAGGCGGUGGUCAAGUGCGCCAAGCUCCCGACCAGCGCCUUCGCACGCAGCGCCGAGAAGUCGGCCGCCAGCGGCCCCCGGGGCUCCCCGGUCUUCUCCACGCUGUCCCUGCACACGGCGCAGGCCAACUCGGUGCAGCUGGCCUGCGUGCAGCUCAUCAGGAGCCUGCUCAAGGAGGGCUACCAGCUGGGCCAGCAGACCCUGUGCAAGCGCUUCUGGGACAAGCUGAACCUGUUCCUCAGGGGCAACCUGUCCCUGGGCUGGCAGCUGACCGCGCAGGAGACCCAGGAGCUCCAGAUGUGUCUGAAGCAGAUUAUCCGGAACAUCAAGGUCAAGGGCCCUCAGAGCAGCACGCUCGCGGGGCUGCCGCCUCCGUGCAAAAACCCCCGGGGGAGCGAGGAGAAAGACGGGCCCCGCCCGGAGAGUUCCAGCCCCGCGCCCCCUAAACAGCCUGCGAGAGCGGGCGGCGGCCGGGAGCACGAAGGGGCGGCGGGGAGAGCCCCGAAAGCUGCCGAGGAGCCUGAGCCGGGAGGCUCCCGGCCGGGGGGGCCCCUCGCGCCCACGUCUGCCUGCCAGCAGUGCCGCGAGGACCUUCCCGAUGGCGGGCCCGAGCCGGGCCACGGCGGUGCCCAGGGGCAGAGGGCUCUGGGCGACCGUCCUCCCUGCACGCCCACGAGCCGCGCGCCGAGCAGAGGCCCCGCAGGGGAGCCAGACGGAGGAAUCGCCACAGCCGCGCUCUCCGCGGGCUGCAGCUCGCACGGCCCGGCCCAGGAGGCCCCGCAGGGCGAGGACUCGGCUCUGAAGGACGGGGCUCUCGGCAGAAGUGGAAGGGUCAAGACCAAGGCGCAGAAAGAUGAGUUUUGCGCCAAGUUGUCGCACAUGAUAAAGCAGCAGCACCGGAAGAGUCCCCUGGUCAGCAGCGGGGUGAGUGGGGAGGAGACCCCGACCACGUCCGGCGUCGAGAGCCUCUGCUCGAGGAAAGGCGCCGGGGACGCAGGAGGGGACGGCGGCUUCUUGCACGGUCUCUGUGUCGGCCCGCACAGCGUUCUGGGCGAGAGCAGCGGGGACCCGGCGGGUGCCGGCGCCUCAGUGCUGGAGAAGAGGCAGGUGCAGACCGACGUGCUCGGUACCGUCUCCCAGGAAAGCAGCCGCCACGCCCGGAAACGUGAGCACGAUAGAGCCCUGGUCUCGCUCAUAGAGGCGACCGGCAGCUUCGCCAGGAAGACCUCUCCCUCCGAGGAGCCGGAGACCAUCCCGGGCUCUCAAGAGGUGACCGGCAAGAUGAGCAGAGGGGCCCUGGCGGAUGACCGGGAUCAGCCCCUCAGCCUCAGCCCCAGGCCUGACUCCCUGACGGACUCUCAGAUAGACCAGGAUCUCUACGACCUGUCGCUGCUGGCUCAGGCCAGCGCAAGUAAGUUCCCCUCCGAGUCCUCGCAGCAGAGCCCCUGCCAGCUGCAGAGGAAGGUCCGGGAGGACAGGAGGGGCUUCGAGACCAAGGCGACCAACACCAGGGACGCCCGCCCCAGCCAGGUCAUUGUCAUCUACGAUUCCGAUGAAGAGGAGGACGGGACUCUGAGUGCGGGGCAGCGCUCGAAGGCGGAGCCCGCGGGCCUGGCGGAGGCGGAGCAGGUGGUUUCCGUGGCGGACUCGAGUGUGGACGACGAGACCUUGAAGGAGGAGCAGACAAAGCGCCUGCUGGAGUUCGAAGACUCGGACUCUCAGUUUUUCGAGUUUGAGACCCCGUGCGAAGUGUUUUCUGUUUGGCAAGAUCAGAAGCAAGACAAGCAUUCAGACUGGGAGGGCGAGGAAGGCUCCUCUGUGCCCCGUGGCUCGGGAGCCGCCGAGGAGCAGGGCCGGGCCGGUGACGCCAUGCCGGGAAGGGCCGCCACGGAGGGGCCCAUGGGCAGCCGGGGGCCGGCAGAGCCAGGGGCGAGCAUUUCCGCCGAGGAGAUCUGUGAAAUCAAGGUGAAGAAACGGAAGCGGAAACGCUUGGAGCAGCCGAGUGCUGAGACGUCCCGAGAGCCGCCCGCCCCUGCACCAAGUGGGGAGCAGCCUGGCGGCCCCCCGCCGGCAGGGCAGGCGGCCCCCGCUGCGCCCGCUGCUCCCAGGGCCACGAAGAAGGCGCCUUCCGGAGCCCGCGCUUACUUCGCACCCAGCGGCCAGGGCCCGGCGGCCAAGGGCGCCAAGAAGGCGCAGGCGGAGCCCCGGAAGGGGCCCCCGAAGACCCAGUACCUCAAGUGUCGGGCCGCACCCGCCGUCGUCCCGCCCAAGAAGAUCCGCCAGUUUCCCGAGCCCACGUCGACGGUGGAGCGGCUGGGACUGAAGAAGGCGCCUCGCAGGGCCAUCGACCUGUCCCAGAGGUCGCGCGACAGCAUCUCGGAGCUCCGGGACUACGGCAAGGUGGCCGGGGCGGUUGAUACCCAGAAAAAGACCAAAUUAAUCGCGCCCCAGAUGCUCUCGGUCAGAAAUAACAAGAAGCUGCUGACCAUGCAGCAGCCGCACCUUGGGCGGAGGCAGAUGCCGGCCCGCGGCCCCAAGAGCAGGCCAGGUGCCAGGAAGGGGGUGCAGCGCCCCCAGCAGGGGACCGAGGCCGGGGGCCCAGAGCUGGCAGCUGCCGACGGCAGAGCAGGCCCCGAUGUCUUCGCUGAGGGCCUGGGGAAGCCCUUCCUCAAGACCGGCCCCGGGGGAGCCAGAGCCGGGCCCAGUGUGUCAGACGGGGGCGCCAAGCGGGCAGACACGGCCGUGGUGGCCUCUGGGGGGCCCGAGCGACACGUGGGGGCGGCCGCCGGCCCGCAGCCAGAGCCGGACUCCGACAGCGACCCUGAGUGCGAGAGUCUGUUCCUCACCCAGCACGACCCGCAGGACAUGGACUUGUGCUCCCAGGUGGAGAGUGACCCCGAAACCGCCGCGCAGGGCCAGGGCCCCAGGUGUGACCACAGGGACAGCGAGGAGACCGCCAGGGCCCGGGACGCGCCCAAGGCCGCCGCCACCGUGUUCCUCAAGCCCGCCGUGCCGCCCCCUGGGCCCAGGCCUCGGCCCACCAACACCAAAGUCUUCAGCUCCAGCCACACCUCGCGCCUGGCGAGCCUCUCCAGGUCUCUGGAGAGCAGCCCUGCGCCCCCGCGCCCCGCCAGGAGCAAGGCCAGCGGGGCGCCGCCCGGGCCCAAGGCCGCCCCCCCACCCCCGCCACCGAAGGCCACCUCGCCCCCGCCCCCACCCCCACCCCCGCCCCCGCCCAAGCCUGCCCUGGCCCCUGCGCUGCCCGAGGCCAGGGGCCCCUUGAGCGUCCUCUUCUCGGCGCCCGCUGCGGCCUCCAGGCCCGUGUUCAGGCCGACCUUUGCCGAGAACAGGUCCCUGUCCACGGUCUCCCCGGCCAGCGUCCUCCUGUCCUCGCAGGCCAUCUCCGACGCCUUCAUCAAAGAGGUCUUAAAGUGGAAGCUCGACAUGUUCGUGAACUUCAGCCAGUGCGGGCCGCCUGAGAGCCUGUGCCAGGCCAUCACGAGGCACGUGCCCGUGUGCUUCCAGGACUCGGGCGAGUACUUCAACGUUUUCUUCCCGCUGGUGAUACUGAAUACUUUUGAAACGGUGGCACAGGACUGGAGCAACUCCUCGGAUAAAUCCUAUUCGUUGCUGUUCCGGAAAUUCCCUGCAGACUAUAAGAAACACUGGGAGUUUGUGGUUCAUCUGGACGAAAACGAACUGGCCAAACAGCUCCACCCGAAGGAAAACGAUUUGGUGUUUCUGGUCCCCGAGAGACGGGGCCGGGAGAGGCACGAAGCUGAGCGGAAGCGCGCGCUGGAGGCGCAGGAGCACUACUGCGGCUUCGUCCAGAAAUUCCGCCGCACCUCCGCCACACACGGCGGCAGGUCCGAGUGCUGCCUCUCCAUCCAGACGCAGGACCGGCUGCCCCUGCACGUCAACCAGGCCGUGCGCUGUCUGGUCAUCAGCUCCCUGGUGACCACGCAGAGGAAGCUGAAGGCCAUGUCUCUGCUGAGUGGCCGGAACCAGCUGGCCAGAGCCGUGCUCAAUCCCGACCCCAUGGACUUCUGCACCAAGGACCUGCUGACGACGAGCUCGGAGAGAAUCAUCUCCUACCUGCGGGACUUCAACGAAGACCAGAAGAAGGCCAUCGAGACGGCCUACGCCAUGGUGCGGCACUCGCCCUCCGUGGCCAAGAUCUGUCUCAUCCACGGGCCUCCCGGGACAGGGAAAUCCAAGACGAUCGUCGGCCUCUUGUACCGCCUCCUGACAGAGACCCAGAGGAGGGGCCGCUCGGAUGAGAACUCCAAUGCCAAAAUCAAGCAGAACCGGGUGCUGGUGUGCGCGCCCUCCAACGCCGCCGUGGACGAGCUCAUGAAGAAGAUCAUCCUCGAGUUCAAAGAGAAGUGUAAAGACAAGAAGAACCCUCUGGGCAACUGCGGGGAUAUCAACCUAGUGCGUCUGGGUCCAGAGAAGUCAAUCAACACCGAGGUCUUAAAAUUCAGCUUGGACAGCCAAGUCAGCCACAGGAUGAAAAGAGACUUGCCUUCUCACGUCCAGGACAUGCACAGGAGGAAGGAGUGCCUGGACCACCAGCUGGACGAGCUUUCCCGCCAGCGGGCUCUGUGCCGAGGGGCGAGGGAGAAACAGAGACAAGAGUUGGAUGAUAGAAUUGCCAAGGUGUCCAAAGAGAGGCAGGAACUGGCGUCUAAAAUCAAAGAGGUGCAGGGGCGGCCCCAGAAGGCGCAGAGCCUCAUCAUCCUGGAGUCGCACGUCGUCUGCUGCACGCUGAGCACGAGCGGCGGGCUGCUGCUGGAGGCCGCCUUCCGCGGCCAGGGCGGCGUGCCCUUCAGCUGCGUCAUCGUGGACGAGGCCGGGCAGGCGUGUGAGGUGGAGACCCUGACGCCCCUCAUCCACCGCUGCAACAAGCUCAUCCUGGUCGGAGACCCCAAGCAGCUCCCCCCCACGGUCAUCUCCAUGAAGGCGCAGGAGUACGGCUACGACCAGUCGAUGAUGGCCCGUUUCUACAAGCUGCUGGAGGAGAAGGUGGAGCAGAGCCUGCUGGGCCGGAUGCCUGUCGUGCAGCUGACGGUGCAGUACCGCAUGCACCCCGACAUCUGCCUCUUCCCCUCCACCUACGUCUACAACAGGAGCCUGAAGACCAACAGGGCGACCGAGACGGCGCGUUGCUCGUCAGACUGGCCCUUCCAGCCCUACCUCGUGUUCGACGUGGGCGACGGCGCCGAGAGGCGGGACAACGACUCAUACGUAAACGUCCAGGAAAUCAAACUGGUCAUGGAAAUAAUCAAACUCAUCAAGGAGAAGCGGAAGGACGUGACCUUCCGGAACAUUGGCGUCAUCACCCACUACCGGGCGCAGAAGACCCUGAUUCAGAGGGACCUGGACAGGGAGUUCAACCGGAAAGGACUGGCAGAGGUGGACACCGUGGACGCGUUCCAGGGCCGUCAGAAAGACUGCAUCAUCGUGACGUGUGUCCGAGCGAAUUCCACGCAAGGCUCCAUCGGCUUCCUGUCCAGUCUGCAGAGACUGAACGUCGCCAUCACCCGGGCCAAGUACAGCCUCUUCAUCCUCGGGCACCUGAGGACUCUGAUGGACAACCUGCACUGGAACCACCUGAUCCAGGACGCGCAGCGGCGCGGCGCCAUUGUGAAGACGUGCGACCGCAGCUACCGGCACGACGCGCUGAAGAUCCUGAAGCUGAAGGCCGGCACGCUGCAGCGCAGCCUCACGCACCCGCCCGCCGCCACGCCCGAGCCCGCCCGGCCCCAGGGCGGCCUCCCCAGCAGCACCCCGGACGGCGGCCUCACCUCCACGUCGUCCCCCUACCUCACGCCCCCCGACUCUGGUGAGUCCCCGGUCCCCACCAAGGACCCCGAGAAGGCCCCGGUGCAGGACCGCCUCCGGGACCCCCGGCUGCUGAGAAGACUGGGCGUCUCCCUGGAGGCCAGAGGGGCUGUGAUGGGGGCGCCCCGGCCCCAGAGCCCGCAGCCCCCCCCGGCCUGCCCCGUGCUGGGGGGGCUGCAGGAGCUGAGCGGCCUGCUGCUGUCCGCACACUGCCCCCUGGACACCCUGCCCCCCGGGGAGCUGAGGGCCGCCGGUGUCCCGCAGAGGACCGAGGGCUGGGACAAGAGGCCGCUGGGGGACGGCGACAGCUACCCCAAGAGGAGGAAGCUCCUGUAGGCGCGCGGCCCGCCAGUGCCCGCCCAGCGGACUAGCCGCGCAGCCGCCCCUCGGGCAGCGGGGACGGGGCGAGCGGGGCCUCGGCGCGUUGGGGCGUGUGUCGGUAGCAGGCCCUCGAGGGGACACUCAGGGAGGCGCCGGGGCUCGGCCUCAGGCAGGGGUGAAGGUAGAAACGUAUAUUUGUACAGCAAGUCUCUCCCCGGCUCAGUGUCAGGCCUUUCUGUGGAACCAAGUUCAUCGCUGAGGCGCGGGAGGGGGCGGCUGCGGGCGGCCGCUGCCGGGAGACAGGCCUCGGGGCGGGUUGUGGGGAAGCGCCUCAGAGCCUCGGGCCUGGGCAGUGCUGCUGGGGCCGGGGGCACCGUGCAAGGCGGCUCUGGCCCGAGCGCCCGCCUCCCUGACGGGGGAGGGCCUUGCAGCCCACCUGCCCGCGGCCGCCACGUGCUGCUUCACGCCGGGCAGCUCCGGGCACGCCCGGCCGGCGGGAUGCAGCGCACACAGCCUGCUGAGCUCUGGGGUCGGGCAGGUGCAGGCCCGGCGUGUGCGUGCCCUGGUCCAGUGCUUGGGCCUGGGCCGCUGGGCCCCGGCUCGCCGUGCGGAAGGAGCAGGGCAGGCUCGGGGGCGCCCCCCGGCCUGGGCACAGACCUCCCCGGUGCAGAUGUCCCGGGCAGGAGGGCAGGACGGGGCUAGAUCAGCGCCUUGCAGCGCCCACAGCCGGCCCUGGCCCCGCUUCUAAGGGACCGAGUCGUCGAAACGCCCCUGGCUAGGCUAGCGAGCGCCUUCACAGGACACCCUGCCACAUUCCCUUCCGCUCGGACGCCUUCGGGGGCUGCUUCCGCUGCUGUGCAGGCUGGGCUGAGUGGGCACUCCCGGCCUCGGAGCCCACCCCGUGCCGGGCCCCAGUACAGCAGACGGAGCGCUCGCCUUGCGUGCAGCCAGCCCGGUUCGAUCCCUGGCACCCCACAGCGUCCCCCGAGCCCACCAGGAGUCAGCCCCGAGCACAGCCGCAGGUGGGCCCCAAACAAGACAAACCAAAAAAAAGCAAAAAAUAAACCAAAUGCUUUGUGAAGUCUGAUGUAUGAUUCUGAAGCCUCAGGAAAGGCCCCGUCAGGUGCGAGCCCUGUCCCCGCACACAGCCAGCCCCCCGCCCCUGUACACAGCCAUCCCCCCCUCCCCCCCGCACACAGCCAUCCCCCCCGGCCCGCGGCCCCUGGGGCGUGCCUUCGUCCCAGUGGGCCGUGGGCUUGUCCGCGAGGCGGGGAGCCCAGCUGCUGGCUGUGGCCUGGCCACGGCGUUCCCAGGAGCUGCCCGUCUCCUCCCACUGCCCUCCCAGCAACACCAGGCGCCCGCGGAGGCCUCGGGCCGCUCCUCUGUAUAUGAUUUGCCUUAGAUUUCUCGUGCGGUUCAGUUAAACGUUUUCAUGUAUUUUCCAGGAGCACAUUUGCUAUGUAUAUGUGAAUAACCUCCUGUAAAUGAAUUUUCUAACAAAAGUACUAAAGUAUUUUCUAAAAUGA